GCAGCUGUUGCUGUUAAGUGUAUGUAUAUAUAUAUGUGUGUGUGUGAACGCGUGCGUGCGUGCGUGCGUGUGUGUGUGUGUGUGAAACAACAAUAAUACAAGCAUGACUGAAACGAACAGUCAAGCUGCCAGGCCGUCGCGUCUGGGCAAUUGCGAGGUAUGCGCCAGCCAAGCGGCCCGCUACGCCUGCCCCAAGUGCGAGGUGAAGACCUGCUGUGUGGCCUGCGUGCAGAUUCACAAGCGCGAACUGAACUGCGAUGGCAAACGGGAUCGCACCAAGUUCAUGCCCAUCAGCGCCAUGACCGAGCGCGAGUUCAUGAGCGACUAUUGCUUCCUGGAGGAGUGCACACGCUAUACGGAGGAUCGCAAACAGGAUCAGAUCAAGCGCUAUACGCAACAGCAGCGACAGCUGCCGCUGCCGCAGCAUCGGCUGCGCAAGGCGGCCCAGGAGCGAGGCACACGCCUGCAGCUGCUGCUGCCCAACUUCAGUCGGCACAAGGAGAACACGACGUAUUUGAAUUGGAAGCAGCGACGCAUCUACUGGCACAUCGAAUGGUUGUUUGUCCACGCCACAGCCAGCUCAGUGACACGUCUUGUGGACAAGCACUGCGAUGAGGAGCGUACACUGGCCGAUCUGCUGAGCAAGUACCUGGAUCUGUUGCAGGCGGAGGCGCUCGAGCAGCGCAAACUGUUGCAGCAUCAUCAGACAGCGGGCAUUGGGCAGCUCAGCCUAUGGUUGCGGGCCGAGGGUGUGCAGCGCAGCGGUCAGCGCUGCUAUCGACUGGCCGCACACCAGACACUGCGCGCCAAUCUUGCGGGCAAGACAAUUGUUGAGUUUCCUGCCAUUUACAUAAGCUACGAGGCACGUCCGCCCGCGGGCUAUGACCUCAUCGACAGCGAUGAGGAAGUGGAGGCUGCCAAGUCCAACAACAAGCGCAGCCAACAGCCACAGGAUCCGGAAGCGAAACCCGCCGCCAAGCGCAACAAGGCUGCGGCAAAGUCAACGCAGCAGCCCGAGCUGCACGAUAUUUAUGGGCUGGCUGGCAGUUUCGCCGCAGACGACAACUCCUGCUCCAGUUCCAGCAGCGACGAAGAGGCGCAACCUAAUUGAAGUCUCCAGCAAAUACCGCGAAUUACAUUUAAGCAAAUACUUCAAAAUAAUAUUAUAGAUAGUUAAACCUAAGUUAAGUUGUAAGAGAACUCGUGACAAGAAUUCUUUUAAAUAAUAUAACUUUGCAACCGAACAGAUUAUAAAGAUUAAUAGAAAAUUGAAUUGUCGUAGGCAUUCCCCAUGGGUAAAAACUUGUAUUAAGAUGAAGAUUUGAGCAAAUGUUAGCUACACGCAUAAGGAAACAUUUCCGAAUCCAUGACAUAUAUAGAUUUCUGAUCAACAAUAGCCCAGUCCGUUCGUCCGUCUGUUCGAAUGUUUCGAAUCUCGAGUUAAUAACACGAAAUCAGGUUCACUUUUUGGAUACGUUGUCUUCUGCAUUCAGGGUAUCUGCCAGGCGGAUACUCAAAGCUAAAUGAAUCGAUUUGGUAUUUAGAUUCGACUGACUUGACAGAGAGAGAGAGAGAGACUUAAGAUAGAACUUAUGCAUCUUAGAGAUUGGAUGCUAUGUUUUUAUGGAAACUAUUUUGCGCUAAAUCUUUGCAAACACAACAAUUAAAUUAGUUUAGCAUUGAUUUAUUUAAUUCGGUUUUUUCUUUUCAGACUAAUUAAAUGAUAAGAAUUAUA